AUGACCAGCACUGCAUAUGCCUCCAAGCUCACCCCUGCCACUGCUAUAGUGGGGAUGCAAGGAUAUAUUAAUGAUAUUGGCAACAUCUUGGAGAAGGUAGUUAGUGGUGCUCAAGGUGCUGCCUUUCCCCCAGUCCCUAUCCCUAUUUCUCCUCCAGUUAUCUUGAAAAUCAGGGAUUUAUCUGCCUUUGAGCAUGUCAUACACAUGAUGCAAACAGAGGUCACUGAUCUGCCAGCAGAUGACUUGGGUAUCUUGAUGAAGGUCUUCUUUACUGCUAGCAAUGACUGGGUGAUAGAGAUCUAUGCUAUGAGUGCACAUACUGAAGCACAUUAUUCUUUUGUCAAAGCCCUUGUGACUACUCACAAGAUAUCCAGAUCUGAGAUCCAGAUCUCCAAUGAUCUGAUCUAUCUUUAUCUUCCUUCUGGAAUCCAAACCCUAUAUCAGUGCCCAACCCCAUUUAGACUUCCCCUGUCUCUGGACUCCAGUUAA